AUGUAUCACUUUAUUUGUAGCAAACCAUUGGACAACGAGGGUUCAAAUCUCAGCCUUCAGGCUCAUGUUGUUAAUGGCAAAAUGAUAGUUAAGGUCCAGUAUCAGAAUCGCAAGAAAUACAUCAAAUUACAAGCUUCUGAUUUUGAAGAAUUUAUUUCUCAAGUGAAAGAGAAGUUCUCCAUCCCUGUGAACAACAUCACUGUGGAGGAUGAUUCCGGCACUGAGGUGGAUAAAACGGUGUUUGCAGAAUUAUCCACAGUGGAAGGGAUUUGCUUUAUCAAGGACGAUCAAGAUUAUGAUUCGGGCCCAUCUCAACUAUCGCCUACACCCACACCACGAUCCUCAUUCAGUGGGAGUUCCCUCUCUGUGUCCAUUAGUAGCAGUGACGGUGAAACAUCAAGACCACCCAAGCGAAUUAGAAGUGAUGAAGAGGCAUGUCAGAGUCGUUCAGCCCGAGAUCUGAUUCAGCAGAUCCUGCAGACAAAACCAGGAGGGACAACCGUGCUUGAAGAAUAUGAAGAAACCGGGACGCUGUGUGAUAGUAGAAGAAGGCAGAUGAUUAACAUUCUUGCAGCACACAUGGUUGAGACAGAAGGGAGAAUCCCUCAGCGAGUAACUAAAGAGAAAUAUGCAUUGGGAAUUGUCACCUUGUUCCCUGCAUUAAAAGAUCCUCUCUCCAAGAAAGGAUAUAUACCCCAAGAUUUUAUCCUCCUCUUUGGACCAGAAACGGCUGCUAAACUGCUUGAGAAGUGGCAUACAUGCUACAAAAGAAAGGUGAUCAGAGAAGCAGAAAGCCUUACGACCACCCCGGUUCUCCAGAGUUUGCUGAAGUCUGCCAGGAAUCAGUGCAAUGAUGAUAAAAAGAAAACACAGAAGAUCAGCCCAGCUCAGGCCAUGGACCAUCUUGUCGUCUUUCACAAGUCAUGCAGGAGCCUUGAACACCUAGAGAACCAGGAGGGACAUCGCCAGCCAUACCUUCUUGCAUCUGGAACCCACAAGCAGGCCAUCAGCACUUACUACGUUGUGAUGGACAAGAAGCUCAUCCCCUGCCUGGGAACCACAUCUUUGGCAGCAUUUGAUGAACUCUUUAAAGUGCACUUCGUUUUCAGUGUAAGCUAUGACAACGCUCUUAGCAACAUGUACACAUUCCUCCAGACAACUGUCUACAGUAUUGAUGUUGAGACCACUAAAGAGAGUCCAAAGGUGAAAGAAUUGAGAGCAAAGUUCAUGAACAGGAGCUAA